CUCCGCCCGGCCCGCCCUUUCCUCCCUCGCAGAAGCGCUGCGGCUCGGGCUCCUGCAACCGCGGAGGCCUGUGGGAAAAAGUCAAUCGCGCGCUGUGUUGGUGGCCGCCUCCAGGUGACAGUUGGUUGCCUGGUCGCCGCCAGUGCCGCUUCCUUCUCACGAGCCAGGCCAGGGAACCGACGCUGACCCGCUCGCGCCCAGCCAAUCUCGGCGCCCGCGAACAUGGACGGCAGGGCGGCGGAGAGCGGAGGUGGCCCCGGUCCGGUCCGAAGACCCACCCGAUUGGUGUCGGUGGCUGGGCCGGGAGCAGCGGCGGCGGCUGGCGGGACCUCGUCGUCGAGCGCCGCCGGGUCUCGGCAGCCGAGCGGGGAGACUUUGGACAGCCCCACAGGAUCUCAUGUUGAAUGGUGUAAGCAACUCAUUGCUGCUACAAUUUCUAGUCAGAUUUCAGGUUCCGUGCCGUCAGAUAACGUAUCCAGAGAAUACCGGGUGUACAGGAGGCCUACUAUAAGGGAGAUUCAGGAUGGACACAAUGGCUAUCCUUCUGGCGCAGAAGUUGAUCAGGCACUGAGGGAUGGAAACAAACUCGCCCAGAUGGAAGAAGCUCCCCUUUUUCCUGGAGAAUCAAUCAAAGCUAUUGCUAAAGAUGUCAUGUAUAUCUGUCCAUUUAUUGGAGCCAUCAGUGGUACGCUGACAGUAACAGAUUUCAAAAUGUAUUUCAAGAAUGUUGAGAGGGAUCCUCAUUUUAUUCUUGAUGUUCCCCUUGGAGUGAUGAACAGAGUUGAAAAGAUUGGAGUGCAAAGUCACGGAGACAACUCUUGCGGUAUAGAAAUUGUUUGCAAGGAUAUGAGAAACUUGCGGCUUGCCUAUAAACAGGAAGAACACAGGCUGGAGAUUUUUCAAAACCUUAUUACACGAGCAUUUCCUCUUUCUCAUGAGCUACCGCUCUUUGCAUUCAUCUAUAAAGAGAAAUUUCCUGUUAAUGGCUGGAAAGUUUAUGAUCCAAUUACAGAGUAUAAGAGACAGGGUUUACCCAAUGAGAGUUGGAAAAUAUCCAAAAUUAACAGCACGUAUGAAUUUUGUGACACGUACCCUGCAGUUCUUGUUGUGCCAACCAGUGUAAAAGAAGAUGACCUCUCCAGAGUAGCAGCAUUCAGGGCAAAAGGCAGAGUUCCAGUAUUAUCCUGGAUCCACCCUGAGAGCCAGGCCACCAUCACACGUUGCAGCCAACCUCUUGUAGGCCCAAAUGACAAGCGAUGCAAAGAGGAUGAGAAAUAUUUGCAGACAAUCAUGGAUGCCAAUGCUCAGUCACACAAACUUUUCAUCUUUGAUGCCAGACAGAAUAGUGUUGCGGAUACAAAUAAGACGAAAGGUGGUGGUUAUGAAAGUGAAAGUGCCUACCCAAAUGUCGAGUUGAUAUUUUUGGAAAUUCCAAACAUCCAUGUGAUGAGAGAAUCGCUGCGUAAGCUAAAGGAAAUAGUUUACCCUACGAUUGACGAGUCUCGGUGGUUGUCCAAUGUGGAGAGUACACACUGGCUGGAAUAUUUACGGAUGCUUCUUGCUGGAGCAGUGAGAAUUGCUGACAAAAUUGAAUCUGGUAAAACAUCAGUGGUGGUACACUGCAGUGAUGGCUGGGACCGUACAGCUCAGCUGACCUCUUUAGCCAUGUUAAUGCUGGACAGCCAUUACAGAACAAUCAAGGGCUUUGAAGUCCUCCUAGAAAAGGAGUGGAUGAGCUUUGGACAUCGGUUUGCAAUGCGAGUAGGUCAUGGAGAUGACUAUCAUGCUGAUGCUGACAGAUCGCCCAUUUUCCUUCAGUUCAUAGAUUGUGUUUGGCAAAUGACAAAGCAGUUUCCAGCAGCAUUUGAAUUCAAUGAGCUGUUUUUGAUCACCAUUUUGGAUCAUCUUUAUAGCUGUCUUUUUGGUACCUUUUUAUACAACUCCGAACAUCAGCGAAUAAAAGAGGAAAUAAGCACAAGGACAAUCUCUUUAUGGUCCUAUAUUAACAGUCAGCUCGAUGAAUUCAGUAACCCUUUCUAUGUAAACUAUGAGAACCAUGUCCUGUAUCCAGUUGCCAGUCUAAGCCAUUUGGAAUUAUGGGUAAACUACUAUGUACGAUGGAAUCCACGAAUGAGGCCCCAGAUGCCAAUUCAUCAGAAUCUGAAAGAGCUCCUUGUCAUCAGAGCUGAGCUCCAGAAGAGGGUGGAAGAAUUGCAGCGGGAAGCAGCAACACGCUCUAUUUCUUCUUCAUCCGACCGGGGGUCGUCUCCUGCAGCCACGCCAGUGCAUACCUCUGUCUAAUGUGAAGCUGAUAUCAAGGUACACUUCUACUAUGGUCGUGUUCUGGCUGGUCAAAGACUCCCUCACACCAGAGAGUAAUGGGUCGGCAUCACCUCUUGCUUCUGUCCGUCUGUCAUGCUGAGGCCAAAAAGUGUUUCCUUGCAGUAACACUGUAGGUGGUGUCGGUUGUCAGUUUUUCCUGUGUGUCUUUGAUGCCUCUAACUGAAUUGACAAUGGGAAAGUUAACUGCAUCUUAAGCAACAUGCAACAGACUGGUCAGAAACCAGGAAUCCAUCUGUCAGGUGAACGGUGCAGAGAGCAUGUUGCUCUAUCUCCUGUGAGAACUUCCAAGGGAUUGCCAAGCCCACAGUAAGCUAAUACACAUCCAGAGACCAUCCUUUCUAAAAGGGGAACCCAUCUGGUUUCCUUGGUACUUAUUAUGUUUUUUAGGGGGUUAGGGGAGAAGCCACAGCAAAUACUAUAUUUCUUGGGACAGUUGUACAUGAUCUGAUGCACUUUGAAAUGGAUUUAAUUUUUUUAAUAUUAAGCCGGUUGAAUAUUUUGAAUAAACAUGCCAUUAAAAGAAGAGCAGUAUUUGCCAACUGUGAAACACUUGGUAUAUGUAAUCUUCAAAGCCUAGGUUACUGAACAAUGUUUUGCAAAUUUUCUGUAGUUAUUGUCCACAAGGUGAAUUGAUUCAGUUGUGUCAUUCAUUGAUCUGUACAAAGUAACUUUAGUUUUGAAUGGCCUUUUCACCUAGCUAGACUUUAAAAUGUGUAAAUGGCAGAUAAAUAUUUUAUCCUAUGUUGUUAAAAAUCUGUACACGCCCAGCAGCCUUCAGUUUUUAUUGCAUACGAAUCUAUGCAAGGCCAAACAGUUCUUAAACAGCGCGUACAGGAAAUGUUAUUUUCAAACAUUGCUGGGGGAGAUAGUAAAUUGUGAUGAUUAGAUAAAAUGUUGAAAGCAAAAUGGUCAUAAUUGGUUCCUUGAAAUAAUAAAGGCUGUUGUGUCUUUAACUGCUUUCUAACACAUUUUCUUCUAAGCACCGCAAUAGUUUAAUUUUAUACAAUGUGGGUGACCAUCCAGCAGCACGGCUCUUCCUGUGGCAGGAUCAGCAGGUGCUUGUGGCCUUCCUGGACCAAUUGGAGCAGGACGAGCCACAAAUAGUAGAGAAGAAGCAGAACUGCACUCCAGUUCAAUCUCUAGCUUGAGAAAGGCUAGGUAGGACCACUGUGGAGGGUUGAAUCACAGAAUAAAUAGAGUUGGAAGGGGCCUAUAAGUCCAACCCCCUGCUCAAUGCAAGAAUCCAACUUAAAGCAUACCAGACAGGUGGCUGUCCAGCUGCCUCUUGAAUGCCUCCAGUGUUGGAGAGCCCACCACCUCCCUAGGUCAUUGGUUCCAUUGUUGUACCACUCUAACAGUUAAGAAGUUUUUCCUGAUGCUCAGCCAAAAUCUGGCUUCCUGUCAUUUGAGCCCAUUAUUCUGUGUCCUGCACUCUUGAGACAAUCGAAAAGAGAUCCUGGCCUUCCUCUGUGUGACGUUUCAAGUCCUUGAGGAGUGUUAUCAUAUCUCCCGUCUUCUCUUCUCAAGGGUAAACAUGCCCAGGCUCUCCUCAUCGGGCUUUGUUUCCAGUCCCCUGGUCAUCCUUGUUGCCCUCUUCUGAACCUGUUCCAGUUUGUCUGCAUCCUUCUUAAAGUGUGGUAGCUGCACUGGUGCCACAGUAACCUAGUUGGACUUUACUUGUAGUAUAUUUACCCAAAAAGGAUGGUUGUCACUGCUAUAAAGUAUGUCAUUGACUCUCUUCCAGCCACCAUAUGAGAUCUUUGCGAUUGUUAAACUUCCUAAUAGCUAAAGCUGAUCAUCAGUGGAACAGAUUGCUUUGAGAGGUGGCAGAUUAUCUGUUGCUGGAGAUGUUUAGGCAGAGUUUGGACAGCCAUUUAUCAGGGAUUCCAUAGCUGCAUUCUGUAUUAUAGAGCCUGCAUUGAGCAGGGGGUUCCAACUCUGGCAUUUGAAAUGCAGUAUUUUUUCUCCAUGACAUAUCACUGUGUCUGUCCUCCUGUUCUUCCAGAUGCUGCAGUGCCCUUUCCAGUAAGCCUCAUGUUAUACAGAAUCCAUUGAUUCUGGACAAAUGUAGUUUUUAUGACAUGGCCAAAGGAAGCAACGCUAGCUAUUCUGCUUCUAACAGAAUUUGGUUUUGUUUAUGAAGACCAAAUGAAUCCACAUUGUUUUCACUGUCAUAGAACAGAAACAUGCUUCUUGGCUGCUUACUGAAAAUGUGCAGUUCAAACAUAUUUUGGAAGGGGAAAAGUUUUAACAGGUGAGCACUUUUCACUCCUUAAAUUCCAAAACAUGGUGUUAACUGCUAGGUACAUUUGAGGUGGGGGUAGGGGUAGGCAGAGAUUCUUGGUAACAUUGUUCUAGUGCAGGAAGUGAAGCAGGCUUUAAAUACUUGGGAUUAAGUAUAGAAAACCGCAACUUGUCCUGCCUGUCUUUUAAACUUUUGGUCGCCUCAAACGGCUGAGAAGUUUUGAAAGCAACUGGGAAGUUUUGAAAGCAGUAUGUGAUGUAGUAUAGGGACCUGCUGCUCAAAGAAAAAUCUCCAAAAGUUGUAAUGGAGUUCAGAGUAGCUGGCAUGGCAGCAUCCAGCCGUGUUGCCCAGCCUACAUGUUAGCCCUGCCUUUGGUCUCCUCUAAAAUAGGCAAGACAGUAUCCAUGUUUGGAUGGGUGGUGUUCUAUACUAGUCAUACUCAGAGUAGACCCAUUGAAAGUAAUGGAUAUGACUAGAUUCAUUAAUUUCAGUAGGUCUAUUCUUGAGGAGGACUUGGUUGAAUACCACCCUUUAUUAUAAAACAAAAAAAGGAAAUACAAGUAAUCCUUUUCAUCCUGUGUAAAAGGUACAGCAUCUUAUUUUUGUGCAUCUCAUUUGACAGUAGGCAUUGCUGCACUAGAAAUAGCACUGGAUGGGUGCCGGGACAUGCACAUGUUUUAUGAUUCCCCAGUUAGUAUUUCCAUGAAGCAGGAGGCUCAAGUGGCCUGAAAUCCCAGAGAAGGAACUUGGAAGCUUCCACCUCCAGUCCCUUUUUUCCCUUUAGGAAAACAGAUUGCUAGCCUUGCAUGAAUGCACUCCCACAGAGUGCACGCGCGCAUACACACACAGACACAGGCACAAUGUUGUUGUACAAGUCAAGUCUUUAUUGUUUUCCAGUUUGUAAUUUGGCAACGAAGUUUGGAUUUCCCUCCCCUGUAAUUCUUAUAUGCACUUUAGCAAAAUAAGUCUGCCUUUUGACAGCGUAACGCACAAUUUUAAUCUGGGACAGAUCAUUUCUGUAUUAGCUAAAGAUAUGUAUGUAUUGCUUAAAUAAAAGCUUGGCAUCUUUUGGACACAAUCUACUCUUUUAAUCUGCUGUCUGGGGCCUGCUGCAUUUUCUCUUCCUCCUCUCCCCUUCUCUAUUUGCUUUAGUUUCCUUUUCCGUUUGUAAAGCUCUGCACUACUCUCGGAUGAACAUCAAUUCAUACAACAGCAAAUACUCCAUUGACAAUGAGAAUAUAUAGUAAGCAGGGCCAUUUGCUGUUAGUUGUAUGAGACAGUCACUGUUGAUGCUGUGCCUUAAAACAUUUUGCCGAAGGAAGGUGCAAGUUAAGAAAGAGAGAAAGGAAUAAAUCCAGCCAACGCUUAAGUGAGUUAAUGUGGCUAGAUCCCUGCCAGUAUUCUGAUUUUGUAAAACACAGGAAACCACUUUCCUUUUCUCUAAUUAGCCAUUCUCUCUUUACUUGCAAGAAUGUGUGUUGUAUAUAAAUUCAGGGCACAAGAAGGGGUCUUAUAUAUAUCUUUGGCCUGAUGGAAGACUUUAAUGCAUGUCACUUGACCUAUUCUUGGAACAUCUGGCUGAGCUUAUUUAUGUGGCGUUUCACUGCACAGAUAGUUUUAAUUAUGAAUAUAAAAACACAGAGUAGAAAAACAGAAAUGGAUCCCUUCUGGAGGUGUAGUACUACACAAUUGGCACUGCUACAGAGAAAUCAGUCAGGAAAAGCCAAACAUAUUGUUGGUUGUGUACAGACAAUGGAAAGAAGGUCCCAAUGGGGAGAGGUCAUAGUUCAGUGGUAGAGCACAUGCUUUGCAUGCAAAAGGUCUUGGGUUCAGUCCCUGGCAUCUGUACUUUAAAAGGAUUGCAGAUUGCAUGCCUGGAAAAAAAACUCCCUCUCUCUGCCUGACAUCUUGGAGCACCACUACCAGUUAGAGUACACAGUACUAGGCUAGCUAGACUAGUGGUUGCUUCAUGUUCUAUUAGUAGUAACAGAGCAAGUGGAACCUUGAUCAGCAGUUAGUUUUCCUGAAAGGCUAUUGUAUGAGAAGAUCAGUAGGCUGCUGACAAGUUCCAUUGCUGUAGCUGCCACUUCUCUAGCUGAUCAAUGGGGGAGGGGGCAGGUAACCCUUGGGGCCAGACUUAGCUCAGGGGCCUUUAGUUGCUGAUCUGGCACAAAGGUUCAGAGAAGAUUGCUAUUUGUGUACUUUUGAGUGGAGAAUGCAGUCAUUGUCCAUUAUCUGAGGAAGCAGAAGUAUCUCUCUGGGGAUGUUUUCAGCUAUUUUCAAAGUGGUUCUACCGACAUUAGUUAUAUUCAUAAUUGCCUGAUACUGAAUUAUGCUGCUAUAACAUU